AUGUCUCAGUCCAUACGGGACCUCCUACAAGUAUGUGAGUGCCUUAAAUCAGUGGCUGGAUCAGUCAUCAGUAUCGAGCUUGUGGGCACACUCCCUACCAGUUGUGGUGUUUCAGCUCCCUACCCAACUAGUCUCAGCAGCAAUUGUGACGAAUACACAUGGUACGCUACUUUUGUUGACCUCUUUGAGCCAUCUUCUCCUGUUUUCUUGGAGCACAAGAAACAUCAAGUUACUGAUAAGUGGCUGAGGCACGUUAUUGUGAUGCAGGAAAUAGCAGUCAGAGAUUGA